CACUAUGGUUUGGGACAAACUAAUAUUCUAGUAUACCAAUCUGGCAUACUAUAUAGUAUGCGGUUUGAGUUUAUUGCUUAUAAAAUCCAUGUGGAUAGAUGUGCGCAUGCGCGACAUAGAGACGUCAGCAAACUCCCAACCCAGAGAAGAGAGUAUAGCUAGUUGUUUUUUUAAAUAAUGGCAGAUAACGGAAGUUGAUUAAGUCAGUUUUCAGUUUUAGAUAUGGCAAUCUUUUUGCUGUGUACUUUAUAUGGUUUUGUAUGAUAUAGCUGUAGUUAGCUCUUUUAGUGUGUACUUUUGCGCAGUUGUUUUUGUAACUACUUAUUUUUAGCUAACAUUAGCGACUAGCUACUGUACUGUGGCUUUCUGAUACAGAAGUACGGUACUGCAACUUAGUGGAAAUGGCAAAGUUACUGCAAAGAUUUAACGUUUUAACAUUUGGUUUGCGACUCCUGAAGUCAACCCAUACAUCAACAGUAAAAAAACUGUAUGUCUCAUCGCGGAGUUACACCCCGGGCCGGGGCACUUUUGGUCUCCUCUUCGACAUCGACGGGGUGCUUGUGCGAGGCCGUACACCCAUCCCCGCAGCCAAACAGAUCUUCAGGAACCUGGUGGACAGGAAGGGGAAGUACAAGGUGCCUGUGGUGUUUGUGACCAAUGCAGGGAACUCAAUGAGGCAGACCAAGGCUGAACAACUGUCACACCAGUUGGAGGUUGAGGUGUCUCCAGACCAAGUGGUGCUGUCCCACAGUCCUUUGCGUGUGUUCACUCAGUACCACAACAUGUGUGUGCUGGUGUCGGGCCAGGGCCCAGUGCUGGACGUGGCUCGCAACCUGGGUUUCCAGAACGUUGUGACUAUAGAUAUGCUGAGGGAAGCGUAUCCUCUGCAGGAUGUUGUGGAUCACAGCAGGAGACCCAAAGACACGGUUCCACCAACCAAAGAGCUACCCCCAAUUGAAGCCGUCAUUCUAUUUGGUGAGCCAGUCAGAUGGGAGACCAACCUUCAGCUGAUCAUGGAUGUGCUGUUAACCAAUGGGAGGCCUGGGGACGCCCUGACAUCACUGCACUACCCUCACCUCCCAGUGCUAGCCUGUAACAUGGACCUGAUGUGGAUGGCCGAGGCCAAGAACCCCAGGUUUGGUCACGGCAUGUUCCUGGUGUGUCUGGAGAGCCUGUACAGGAAGGUGACGGGCUGCGAGCUGAAGUACGAAGCUCUGAUUGGCAAGCCCAGCAUGGUGACCUACAACUACGCUGAGCUGCUCGUCAGACAGCAGGCCGAGAGUCUGGGCUGGACGCGACCCGUGGAAAGACUCUACGCCAUCGGGGACAACCCCAUGGCGGAUAUCUACGGCGCCAACCUCUACAACCGCUACUUAGAGGCCUCCCGUGACUCCUGGACCCAGAUGCUCCUUAAGCAGAGCGGCGGAGGGGAGACCCAGAGCCAACCGCUGGAGGGAACUCACGGAAUGACCCGCGCUGAGAUGGGCGGGGCGGCGGGUCUGUUAGCGUGUCAGGAGACCCUCCCCAUGGGGUGCAGUUCAAUCCUGGUGUGCACCGGGGUGUACAGCCAGGACCAGCAGGAGCUGCCCCCCGACCCCGGGCACACGCUCACCGAGCAUCAGGUCUUCCACGGUCACAGGGACUUCCGCUUCGACCCCAACCUGACGCAGCCCUCGUUCCUGGUCCACGACGUGAAGGAGGCGGUGGAGCUGGUGUUCCAGCAGGAGGGAUGGCCUCUGGAGUAGGGGUUUGAGUCUCAAUACUGCACCACCAAGUCCAGUCCUGUACCUUAGAUUUCUGGUUCUUUAAUGCCGGGCAUACACUAUAUAGUCUAAUUUUUGUGAUCCCGGUGGAAAUCGUAGGAACUUGGGCUAAGACUGGUGAGACGUUCUAAACAGUACAGUUCAUUGCUGAUCUCAAAGCCCGCAAAGGACGUAGGAAUAUUUUUCAGAUAUGUUGGAUGUUGCACAUUCAAUGAUUGGGCAAGUGUUACUGCCAGUGGUCACUGAGAGGUUAGCAUGUGAUCAAAACCAUAGGCAAAAUCAACCCACGACAACUGAGAAGAGCAGGGUGAGAUCUACUAGGGUCCCAUUGUGUCACGCGAGCAUCACAUCCUUGGCUUGUGGAUAGUUAAAGCUGGAUGCAGCACAAGGAAAUGUGUUGAUGUUUGCACAUCUAAGCCAUACAAUGUAUGCCCAGCUGAAGGCUGUGUUUACACAAACGUUCCGAUCUCAAUCUUUUUUGGACCGUUCAGAUCAGUUCUGAAAGAAAUCUGGUUAAAAGAUCUUAUGUGACUGAUUAGUGGGGGGAAAAACAUCGUAAUUUAACAUGCAGGCCAUGUUAAUCUUUUACCCAGAGAAGCGAGUUAGGGUGUCUGUGUGAACGCAGGCUUAUGGCUUGACUUCACUGAUGAAUGUCUAAAAUACACGUCUAUGAAACACAUUUCCUUUGUAAAACUACUAAUAGAAUAACCUCACUCAGUUAAAUACUGUCUUUCUACAUACAAAGAAUGACAUCCAGUGUAGAAUGUUCGUUUACAUUUACCAUACAAUACUGCCAUUAAAAUGUCUGGAAGUUGA